CCUGAAAGAAGCGCCACCACACAGUUGAAAGUGGAAUUGCAGGCAGCGGUUGAGUGAGGAAGGAGCUGAUUUGAGGAUGACUUCUCCCUACGUGCUCGAGACGCACAAUGGGGGUUUUAACUUUGAAAACUGCUGCAGGAAUUCACAACUAGAAGCUUCCAGCGCACAAGACAUAAAGCUAAAAGCCAGAAAGACUGGUACCACGAUAGCCGGGAUGGUUUUCAAGGAUGGGGUGGUCCUGGGUGCCGAUACCCGCGCUACAUCAGACGAGGUGGUCGCCGAUAAGAACUGCUCCAAAAUCCAUUACAUCGCCCCAAACAUUUACUGCUGUGGGGCAGGAACUGCAGCUGACACGGUGAAGACCACUGACAUGCUGUGCUCCAACCUGACCCUGCAGUCCCUCGCCAUGGGCCGCAGCCCACGGCUGGUCAUGGCCUGCCGCAUACUCCAGGACCUCCUCUACAGGCACAGAGGGCAGAUUAGUGCCAUGCUCCUGCUUGGGGGGGUGGACUGCACCGGACCCCACAUCUUCACCGUCGGCCCCUACGGCUCUGUCAACAAGGCACCCUUUGAAACCAUGGGUUCAGGAAAUCUCCCAGCUUUGGCUGUUUUUGAAGACCGUUUCAAACCCAACAUGAGUGAGGAGGAGGCCAAGCAGCUGGUGCGUGACGCCAUCACAGCCGGCAUCACCAACGACCUGGGCUCUGGGAGCAACGUGGACCUCUGCGUCGUCCGGCGGGACGGGGUGGAGUACAUCCGCCCAUUCGAGGCCUCCCACAACAAGAGCCAACGGUUGGGGAAGUACAAGUACGACAAGGGAACCACAGCGGUCCUCAGUGAACAGAUCACCAAGCUGCAGGUGGACCUGGUUGAAGAGACCGUGCAACAGAUGGAGGUUGUGUAACGCAAUAAUGUCCCCAGUGACACAGCAGUUGUAGAUUUCAUGGUUCCGUCACGUUUCUGUCAACCUGCCACGCAGUGCUGAGAAUGACCCUGUGUGCUAUUUUCCAUUGUUAUCAUUAACUCAUAUGGUGAAGGACAAUAAAAAAGUUAAAGGCAAAUCACAAAAAUGUAAUGACUUAACUAUGAAUCAGUUUACCAAUUAUUUUUUCGGCUUUUACUGUCAGGGCACUGUUGUAAUGUGUAUUCAGAAAAUUCUAAACACACUUUUGGAUACUCUGUACUUCACCCUAAAAGAUAAUAAGAUAAUUGCAGAGUGCUGUCAGUUGUCUGUAAGGAUAUGUAUGUGCGUAAGCAUAAGAAAAAGCCACGUGAGCUCCCCAUGAAUAUCACAUGAAUAAAAUUGAUAUUGUUUGGAAAUAAAA